AGGGUGACAUUUUUUUGCCAGGAGCCCAGGCAGCAUGGACUUCUCUCUCCUGUGGGCACUUUUGCCAUUGGUCACCAUGGCCUGGGGCCAGUAUGGCGACUACUAUGGAUACCCGUACCAGCAGUACCAUGACUACAGCGAUGAUGGGUGGGUGAAUCUGCAUCGGCAGGGCUUCAGCUACCAGUGUCCUCAUGGGCAGGUGGUGGUGGCCGUCAGGAGCAUCUUCAGCAAGAAGGAAGGCUCUGACAGACAAUGGAACUACGCCUGCAUGCCCACACCCCAGAGCCUCGGGGAGCCCACCGAGUGCUGGUGGGAGGAGAUCAACAGGGCUGGCAUGGAAUGGUACCAGACAUGCUCCAACAAUGGCCUGGUGGCCGGAUUCCAGAGCCGCUACUUCGAGUCAGUGCUGGAUCGGGAGUGGCAAUUUUAUUGCUGUCGCUACAGCAAGAGGUGCCCAUAUUCCUGCUGGCUAACAACAGAAUACCCAGGGCACUAUGGUGAAGAUAUGGACAUGAUUUCCUACAAUUAUGAUCACUAUAUGCGAGGAGCAACAACCACUUUCUCUGCAGUGGAAAGGGAUCGUCAGUGGAAGUUCAUAAUGUGCCGGAUGACUGAUUACGACUGCGAGUUUGAAAAUGUUUAGAUUUGCCACACAUCAAAUCUGGUGGGAGGGAAAGGGGCCAGGAGUCCCAGGGGUGCCCACAUGUGUUCACAUCUGUUGGAUCUCCUGUAGCUAUUUUUUCUCCUCUCUUUUCUUCUCCCUGAGCUGGUGGCCACAGUGCCAGCUCCCUGGGACUUUCUGCCUAGUAUCACACUUAUAAUUAAAUCCACAAUUAAACCAUGUUUUCCACUUUCAACACAACUCAUAAGCUGCCAUUCUCGGUAACCAGCGAUGGCUUCCUUGUACACCACAUAUACAGCAUGCAUGUACAUAGCCUGCCUCCUGGAACACCUGCCACAGCCUGGCUAUGGCUUUUAGGACAAAAUGGGCUGCACCUUCAGAUAAUGGAUAGUAGGGGUAGAGCUUGAAGAAGGGAGCAAUGAAGAUUCUCUGUAGUCACAUCUGUUUGAAUGACACCCUGGGUCCUCACCAGAGGUAGGGCUUCUGCCCUUAGGGCACACAGCUUCUGCUGUCCCCUCCACAUGAGCCAGGCAUGCUAAGUCCAAGUACAGAGCUCUGAGCUCCAGCAGUGAGGGGACUGGGGGGGUGGUGAAAUGAGGAAAUGAAAGUUUUGGGACAGAGUUGAAAGAUUUAGAACUUCCUAAUCAGAAGAUAAAUGUUGGCAUAUCCAGGAAUGAGAAGAUUGCAGGAGCCAGGGGCGCCUGUUAGAAUCAGUUUCAAGUAAGAUAGAAACAAAGAAGAAAAAAAAUGUCUGAGAAUGAGAUUCAGAUUGGGAACUGGCAGGGGACCCGUGUUGCUUGAGAGUGGCCAGGAUGAGUUUGGAAAUGGAAAAAGGCAUUUGAGUCACUGGCACCUAAAGGCAGACCCAGGAUUCUUGUGAAGUCUGCGUUUGCCCUGAAGAAAUGGAGAGCUACCGGCAAACUCACCUGGAAAGACUGCCCUGGGCAUCUGCCUAUGUGUGGCUCAGGGGUGUCUUCUACAAUGAUGGUACCGUCUUUUCUUCCUCUUGUGAUGUCUUUGUCCCCAGCCCUUCGUAGUCUCUUGCUCAUAAAAAGAAUAAAAGUAUUAUCAUUUACUA